AUGAAGAAGCCCAUUGUCACAACCAAGGGCAAAACAACCCAGCUCAGGUACUCAACACAUCACACCUUCUCCAGCCUAGCUGGGCAAGCACCAUCACUGACAAUCAUCCCAAUUAGAUAUGAGCUCCCACAUCGUGUCCACGCCUCAACAAUAUAUCCCCUCAAAGCUCCCAAUGGCUCCACCAUCGUCCUCUACGCCUACGACUCGGGCGUGGGCGUCCUGUGGAGAGGGGGCCGCCCGCUGAAGAAGGAGGCUGCACCGCCGUCAAAGCAGCCGUCAAAGCCUGCCAAGGUCAACGGCACAAGCAACGAUGCCAUCAUGAUCAUCGACUCCGACGACGAGGAACCCGCAAAAGCUGCCGCGCCCACCUUGCCAGAGGCUGAGUUCGAAGACGAGGAAGAGGAGCUCGAUCCUGAUCAGCCAUACCCAUCCUUUGUACAGCAAGUGCGCAUUGCGCUCAGCACAGAAGUCUUGCAUAUCACUGUUCCUCGAAUACCCACAGUCUCAACACUGCGACCGGCGGACACAAUUCCUCCAGUGUUCAGCAAAAAGAUGGUCUUCACAGUCGCCUGUGCAGACUCCACCAUAAGAGUCAUCACGCUGCCAUUGACUCCCCCGCCAGAGGCCGCAAAAGAAAAGCCUCUCAGCCCCAGGUCACAGAUCGGUGAGGAGGUGUUCAAGGUGCACGGCCACCAGAGCGUCUUGAGGGGUGUCAGCAUGACGUGGACUGCUAGGGGAGAGCCAAGGCUGCAAGACAGAGCAGAAGACGACAUGGACCUCGAUGAAGAGCUGGAUGUCACUGCAACGCCCGGCCGUCGGCGCCGCAAGCAGCAGCAAGGACGAUCGCACUCCAAGCCACGCGAUACCGAAGGCUUUGAUCUGCUUGUGGCAUCCCAUUCUGCCGAGCUGGGAGGCCUACUCAAGAUUUGGCGCUUCGAACUGGCGGAGGAUACCGUGCGUGUGGAACAUCCAGUCGUACCCUACAGAACGCUCCACUUGCGCAAGCCAGCUUCUCGGGUCGCGUUCAACACCGCGCAAUAUCCGAAACAGCGGCACUCGCAAUUACUCAUCGCCGACUCGGCCGGUCUUGCGCGCAUAUACGAUCCAUUUGUUCCUCCCAGCCAGAAGCGACGGGCAGGUGGCGGUCAGAACGAGACUGGCUCCUUCAUCGCUACCUUGAGAUCAACAUUCGAAGGCGUCAAGAACCCUACACUUACGCCGGCACUACUUGCCAAACGCAAAGCCAUCCUUGAUGCCGCGUGGACAUCGGACGGUAAUCACAUUCUCGCUCUGCUAGCGGACGGUGAGUGGGGUGUGUGGGACGUCGACAGGUCUGGCCCGAGUCCACAUGCAGAUCCUUCAGCAUUUUCCUUGCGUGGAUUCGUUGGAACCUCUGAAAAAGAGAGCAGCACCAGUGGUGUUGCCAGUCCUAAGCGUGGGGGUCGCAACAUGCUUGCGCCCAUGACGCCCAACACUCGGCGCAGGAAAGAGGAGACGUUGUUCCAAGGAAGCUCCUCCAAUGCGACCGUAACACGAGGAGGUAUCUCGGUCGCUUCCUCUCCUUCUACUAACAGUGGAUCAAGCGAAGAGUCUAUCCUCAUAUGGUAUGGGUCUGAAAUUCACAGGAUAGCCGAUCUUGCCAAGUUCUGGGCUCGGGCAGUGUCUGCUCGCAAUGGUACUUCAUUGUCCGGCCCGGGUCUGCAAGUACAGGAUGUAUCACUCUUCGGAGAAGUCAUCACGUCGGUCUCGCAGUUCGACACCACCGCACAGGCGUCACGCAUGGCUAUAGCGAGAGAUGUUCUCAUAUCAGCUGAACACCGCCUCAUCAUCACCACGAGCACAAGCCAGCCUGUUGGAAGAGAUCUGAACGCCGUAUUCGCAAAGGAACAGAAGGAAGAAGAGCUCUCAAGGAAAGCCGAUCAAGCUCUGCUCUCCCGUGGCGAGCUUGAUCUCGGCGGCAUGGACAGACUGCUCGAUAACAUGGAAGUCUCGCUCCCAGCACAACCGUCCAACAUCUCCCAUCUCCCAUGUCUAAUCCCCGACCUCCCCCAUCUCCUCUCAAACCCCCAAUUUCCCCUCCUCCUCUUCGCGGCCUAA